AUGCAGGCGUUGGAGUAUAUUCAGUUCGUGACUUGCUCCAGGCUCCAGGUCGCCACUCAGCACAUCUUCGCCGUGCUCCAGGAGCUGGAGGCCUGCGCGAGCUGGUCGCAGAAGUUCGGCGGCAUCGGCCUGGAGCCUGGUCCAGUGGGGCGCCUGCUCUCCGACGCCCGGGACUUCCUUCGGCUGACGGAGCUGCUGCUCCUCGAGUGCUCGCAGGCCCGGCGCUUCGCGCGGACGCUGCUGCAGGUGCUUCUCAGAGUCUCCAGGUCGCUGCCCGACCAGUCUGGUGCGCCGCCCGAGACGGGCGCGGCCGUGCCCGCCAGGGAGGACAUGGACGACUUCGUGGAUAGGAUGCGCGGCCGGCAGCCGCUGGACCUGCCCGAGGUGGCCGCGCGCAUCGGCCUCGCCGCCGCACCCGCGGGCUGCAGCAGCGCUGCCGCCGGCGCUGCGUCGGGGGCGGCCGACGGCGCUGAAGGCGCGGGCGCGCGGCCGACGUGCCUCGCGGGCGCCCUGGGGCGCCUCGCCGCCGCCGCCGAGGAGCUGAGCGGGCGCGUCGUGACCGCCGUCUCCUGCCAGGCGGCGGUGAUGGCGUGCCUACCGGUCAGCGCCGCGCCCCCGUGGGCCUCGAUGGCCGCCCCGGAGUUCCGCGCCGUGGCCCACAGCGACGCCGCCGCCGGCCGCCCUCCGAUGCGAGCGCCCAGCUCCCCGCUGGCCGCCCUCGCCGCCGCACUGCUGGUGGCGCGGGCGAGCGGGGCGCGGUACGCCGCCGCGGCCGAUGUGGGGCCGGAGCGGGGCGGCAGCGCAGACGCGCUGGGUGGCGAGCCUGUGGCCCUGGAAGGCUACGCGGCCACGCCCAGGGCAAGCUGCGGCGCCUGGACCCAGGACCAGGGUAAGAUUGUCGGCGACGUUGUCACCGAGUGCAGGAAGUUGUGCGAGAUAAAGAAGGACUGCGAGUGCUUCGAGAUCACUACCACCAGAUGCCGCAUCGCUCAGCGUGUUGGCAGGAAGGUAAAGAAGGCUUCGCUUUCCAGCAGCGUCGCGUACGUGCGCAACGCAGGCUACACGAACCCCGACAUCGAGUGCCACGAGGGCGACAUGAUGAGCGUGAAUGGCAGCUGCCAGGAGUACCAGACCUGCAAGGGUGGUCGGUUUGCCUCCGAGCGGUGCGCCCACGACCUCGCCUACAGCCCCGCGCGCGGCCGGUGCGACUGGCCCGCGCUGGUGCCGACCUGCGCCAGGGAGGGGCUCGGUGAUAAGGCGCUGCCGGCCGUCAAGUGCGGCCGUGGGAGCUUCCUGCUGGCCAGCGAUAGCUCCCCGGGGAUGCAGGACCGCUGGCGCCCAAAGGGCGCUGCAAAGAGGUGCUACGACGUCGUCUACGCGUGA